ACGCAUUAGAGUUUUCGAAGCAUUUAUCUGAAAGUAACCGCGAAUUGUGUUAGGCGCCCACCAGUGCCAAAUCGGAAGGCACGGAUGAUUUACGGCACGCGCUAAUUGUAAACCUGUAUUAGGAUGUGGGAGAGGCAUAGCACUUCCUGGUUAAUGUCAGCGAGGACACCGCCGUUUAGCGGUUAGUAGUUCAGUAUCAAGUCCCAGCUGAGAAAAUAGUUCCACUAUAUCCCGACUGCACAGACAAACCAGAAGGGCCUGUUACGCUUGGAUGGUCGGUACAGUGAAAUCAGCGACUCGCCGAGAGAUUGCUAGUACGACUGCUUUGCUCUGAAUUGUAGAGGGAACUAAUGCAUCAUUGUAAGUAGCUACGUCUUUACCUACUACUAAAAACACCAUGUGAAGAAACCUGACAAAACUGUGCGUGCCUUUAUCUUCGUUGUUUACAGCGAAUGAGACUUGCCGUUAUUGUGAGUAACCAGCAGAGCGAUUUUGGAUGUUUUCGUUGCUGACUGUUAACUGCAGUCAUAACUGAUCUCUAGUUACAAUAGCCUACAGAAAGUGGGAGAUAUUCUUAUACCGCUCGUUCAACUGCCGGCACCUACACAGUUACGAACCUUGUACUCACAAUAGCCUAAACGCAUGCAUUAAAACACCCUACGAUACCCUUCAGUCUCCGUCUCGCAACGUUUUACACAGAAAUUAGUAAACUACGCUGGAGAAGAUCCUGCCAUUAAGAGAAAAGGCCAAGGAAGGUGCAGAAAAGGACUCCGUACACCUGUGAUUGCAUGUGCGCCUAUUUUGACCCCAGAAACUGAAGAUGAUGUUGCUAUGGAAACUGCUGGUGCUGCAGUCAUCUAUUGGCUGCCUUGCAGAAAGCAUUGGCCUGCAGAGUCCUGCCUUCACCAAGCAGCCUGGCAGCAUUGUGUUUCCUGUGGACUCCAUGGAGAAGAGCAGGGAAGUGGUCUUCAGCUGUGAGGCCCAGGGAAACCCAUCUCCUUUUUACAGGUGGAAGUUGAAUGGCACAGUGAUUGCCCCCAAAUCAGGUGCUCGCUACAGUCUAUCAGGAGGAAACCUGCGAAUCAGCCGUCUAAAUAAAGACGAAGAUGCUGGAACGUACCAGUGCCUGGCUUCAAAUUCAUUUGGGACCAUUGUCAGCCGAGAGGCCAGUCUAACCUUUGCAUUCCUGGAAAACUUCAAAACACACAGAAGAAGCUCUGUGUUGGUCCGUGAAGGACAGGGAGUGGUGCUGUUGUGUGGACCCCCAUCCCACUCUGGAGAGCUGUCAUAUGCGUGGAUCUUCAAUGAAUACCCAUCAUUUGUGAAGCAAGACACCCGCCGCUUCGUGUCUCAGGAAAAUGGGAAUCUUUACAUCGCAAAGGUGGAGCCAUCGGACGUGGGCAACUACACCUGUGUGGUGACCAACACUGUCACGAAAACCCGGGUACAGGGCCCUCGCACUCCGCUGGUUCUACGCACUGAUGGUGUGAUGGGUGAAUAUGAGCCAAAGAUUGAAGUUCAGUUUCCUGAGAUUGUACCUGUGGCAAAAGGCUCCACAGUAAAACUGGAGUGUUUUGCACUCGGAAACCCUGUCCCAACUAUUAACUGGAGACGGGUGGAUGGCAUUCCAUUCUCCAGGAAGGUGGAUCUGAGUAAAGCCAGUGGAGUACUGGAAAUUCCCUACUUCCAGCAGGAGGAUGCUGGCUUGUACGAGUGUAUGGCAGAGAACUCCAGGGGGAGGAACAGUGUAAAAGGAAAGCUGUCUUUCUACGCGCCUCCUCACCUGAUUGAGAAACCCCAGGACAUGCAAAAGCCAAUCGACGACACGCUGCUUUGGGAGUGUAAAGCCAGUGGGAAACCAAAGCCUUCCUACAGAUGGAUGAAGAAUGGAGAGCCUCUGGAGCCUUCGGAGGAAAGAAUACAGGUCAUCAACGGCGCCUUGUCAAUCAGCCGAUUGACGCUGUCUGACAUCGGAAUGUACCAGUGUGUGGCGGGCAACAAGCAUGGGGAGAUAUACACCAAUGCUGAGCUUCGAGUUAUAGCUGUUGCUCCAGAUUUCUCCCAGAACCCGCUGAAGGUGCACACGCUGGUGCGGGAGGGCGGCGACGUGCUUAUCGAGUGCCGGCCCAAGAUGUCUCCAUGGGGAAUGAUCUCCUGGAGGAAGGGGAACGAGGCCCUCCGAGAGAGCCACAGAGUUGCUAUACUGGACAGUGGAAGUUUACGGAUAUCUAAUGUGAGCAAAUCUGAUGCAGGCCACUACACUUGUGUGGCCAGGAACCAGUUUGGAGUUGCUAGCAGCGAGGGGAGUUUGGUUGUGAAAGAGCCAACCAUCAUCACCACUCCACCGUCAACUCUGGACGUGACCGUGGGCGAGAGCAUCGUCCUGCCAUGCCAGGUGACGUACGACCGCUCCCUGGAACCGAAAUUCACCUGGUUCUUCAACGAGCAGCUCAUCCACUUUGGAAGCCAGGGCGGAUACUUUGAGAAAGUCGGCGGUGUAAGUGCACAACAUGCACAGCAUUCAGCUGGAGAUAUUAUGAUCAGAAAUAUUCAGCUGAGACAUGCUGGGAAGUAUACCUGUGCGGUGCAGACGAAGGUGGACAGCAUCUCCAUCGCCGCUGAUCUGGUUGUUAGAGGUCCCCCAGGCCCGCCCACAAGCCUCCAAGUAGAAGAAAUCACCGAUACCACAGCCUCUCUGUCCUGGAGGCCCGGGCCUGAUAAUCACAGUCCAAUUACCACGUACACCAUCCAGGCAAGAACUCCAUUCUCCCUGGGCUGGCAGGCUGUCACCACAGUGCCCGAGGUGGUGGGGGGUCGGCGUCUGACAGCUACAGUGGUCGACCUCAGCCCAUGGGUGGAAUACAACUUCCGAGUCUUGGCAAGUAAUGCAGUUGGGACCGGAGAACCAAGCAAACCCUCCAAGCAAGCCAGGACAAAGGAGACACUUCCAAAGGUCACCCCUGCCAAUGUGAGUGGAGGUGGUGGCAGCCGCUCAGAAUUAGUCAUCACUUGGGAGCCUGUUCCAGAGGAGCUGCAGAACGGGGGAGGGUUUGGCUACGUUGUGGCCUUCCGACCGCAGGGCAGCACCGGGUGGAUGCAGGCAGCAGUGCCUUCAGCGGAGGCUUCUAGAUACGUCUUCAAGAACGAGAGCACCCCUCCAUUUUCCCCAUUCCAAGUGAAAGUGGGAGUGUACAACAACAGAGGGGAGGGGCCUUUUGGUCCCAUAACCACCAUCUACUCAGCAGAGGAAGAGCCCGGGCGAGCUCCUACCAGGAUCAGAGCCAAAAGCCUGUCAGCAUCCGAGAUCGAGGUGUCCUGGAGAGCUCUGCCCUGGAACACCAGCAAGAGAAGGAUUCUGGGAUAUGAGCUGAGGUACUGGGAGAAGAAGGAGAAAGAGGAGACGGCAAGCGUGCUGAGGACCGUGGGGAACAAGACGUCAGCCAUAAUCCGGGGUCUGAGGGGAAACAGCAUGUAUUACAUCCAGAUCAGGGCCUACAACACCGCGGGGACGGGGCCGGCCAGUGCCACCGUCAACGUCACCACCAAAAAACCCCCUCCAAGCCAGCCACCCAAUAAAGUGGUGUGGAACACACUGAACUCUAAGAUCAUCCUGAACUGGGAGCACGUCAAAGCCCUGGACAAUGAGUCAGAGGUCACCGGAUACAAAGUGCUCUACAAGCGCAACAGGCACAGCCGCCCCAGCGUGAUGGAGACAAACACCACCUCCGUGGAGCUCUCUCUGCCUAUCGACGAGGAGUACAUCAUUCAGAUCAGACCAUUUGGGGAGGGAGGGGAGGGGAGCAGCAGCAGACAGAUCACCAUCCCCAGAAUAGCAGGUCCAAAUGCCAUUGGUUCAGCUUCCAAGGUGUCCACCAUCUCUGCCCUCAGUACAAUAGCACUGUCAUUCACAGCACGGACAUCUUUAUGACAAAAAGUACCCUGAGAACUUUACUUUCCAUGAGGAGAAGACAUCACAGAGACUCAGAAGAGAGGUACACACUAUCAACCAACCUCGCUGGUAUGAAUAGAUCCAUUAGUUUAGACUUUAGAACAUUGAGGACAAGCCUGAAAAUAUCCUUUCAGAUAAGAAGGAAGCAAAUGGCACCCUCUUCAAAUCGUUCUUGCAGACGCAGGAAAUCCUCUGAAGUCUUGAAUAUGUUGUUACCAAAGCAGCUUUCAUAAAAAAAGAAGAAAAAAAGUUCUUGUAUGCAUAUUUUGUAUGACAUAUCUAGCUUUUUAUAGAUUUCUUUAAAACUACCGAUGGAUUGUGUGGUCCGUUCCAUUCCAGUAUGGUGAGGGUGCAAGAUUUAAAUGCAUGACAAAAUCUGAUGAAGCAUUUCUUUAGAAUGAAAAAUGCAGGUCAUUGCGUUUAUUUCAAACAGCCAUUUCAACAUGUAAAGCUAAAGACAUUUGAUGGUGAAAUUACCAUAUUUAUAGCCUUCCUUAUGGUAGUUGAAGUCAAAAUGUAAAAAAGUUCAGUUAAGGUACCUGACCUAACUUGUACCCUUCAGCUAUCUAACACAGUCUCACGCAGGAGGCCUGCGAGCUAUUUUUAGACUGAAGUGUGAAUUGUGUGACAUCCUCACGACUGCGCGUAUCUACUGUUUGUGGCAUAAUUGCCUUCAUUUCGGGCAUCGAAGCUUACGUCCCUCCUCAUCGUAACGUGAUGCACUGCAGCCGUUCUCAUCAGAAUAAGUGAAAAGGGAAACGUCUCUUGCUUUUUCUCAAACUUUUUUGUGAGAUAAGUGGUACAGUAUCUUCCAUUUUAAAAGGCGACGACCGUCUCUCCUUGUCACUCUCUGCACUGUCUCUCUCUUUCCCGGCACUGGUUUGCCAUUCCAGUACGUCUUCUGGAAGCUUCCAGAUCAGAGCGCCACAGCGGCAACUUGAUUGUACUUGUGAGUGAAGUGCCGUACGGCCAAUCAAGACUUCUUAUCUGUACUGUUAGUGACAUAUAUCUAGAGCUAUGCUUUGCCUAGUGUGUGCCUCAUUGCUGUAUGUGUUUGAAAUCCUCAGGUCCUUAAAGAGCCUUAACUUAUCAUUAACUUAUCAAAUAUAUGUAUACUACUAUUAGUUCCACACAUCAACAGUACUCAACGGGUUUAGAGGGAGUGUGAAUAUGUGAAUACGCACACAGCAUUAAUGAAGAUGUAUUGGGAUCUAGGCAAUUAUCCUACGUACUUUACAAACACCACAUGUACAGAAGCGUUCGAAAUGUUAUUUGCUGUUUAGCAUGGGAACUGGCAAUACUCGCGGUCUGGAAUAUUUGAAUGGGUUUGCUGACUGCUGUUUAACAAAAAAAAAAAUAUUGAAUGCUGCUCAUAUUCUCUUUCUUUACUGUAGUGUUCUAAUGCCAUGUGAGACUGGUACAGUUCAGUACUGUAUGUAGCGUGUAAUCCAGUGAAAUGUGGGUACAGUAGUGAGUAGUACUUAAAGGGACACUUGGGUUACUUGGUCUGUUUAAAACCAGACUUUGAAAAAUGCAUAGAAUACUUUUUUUUGUAUUCCUCAGAUACUUUAUAUUAAAAAGAAAACUUUACGAAGAUCUGUUGAUUUACUUGAUUUUUUGUUAUACAAACAAACAUUUGGUAAAUGUUUCACACUGUAGCUAAAUGUUGUUUCCGCAUGACGGUCUUGGUCUGGCCAUUUGCUUCCUGACUGAAUGGCUAGUGACAACGUGUUUCCAUGCCAGUGAAGGGACAGUGAAGAUGCAGGGGUUUCUGGGUUGUGUAUGUGUACUUAGCCAGACCAAAAUCAUACCAUAUAUACAAUUGUGUUUCAAUCUGAACCUGGUGCUCUCCUCUGAAGUCUUUUCUUUGAGAUUGACCAGUUUCCUCAAUGUUCAGUCAUGAUUUAAUCUUUGCUGUUGUUGUUUGUUUAUACUACAUUAAUGAAUAAAUUUUAUUAAUUUAUAA